UUCUUGUCGUGUUGCUGUUUUCUGUUGGGCAUCAAUGUCGAAUUUUGUGUUUAUUUUAUGGAGUUGAAGUAGCUUAUUAGGUAUAGGCUAUUUUACCGGCGUAUACAUUGUGCGGUAUUACAGUAAGUGGAACCAUGACAUUGUUGAAGCCCCGAGGUAUGCGCAUGUCGCCGGAAAAGCAAGAAACACUUCUCAAGUUGAGCGUUCUUUCUUUGGCAGCAAUUUUGUCAUUUGCAACCCGAUUAUUCUCAGUAUUGAGGUUUGAAAGUGUCAUCCAUGAAUUUGAUCCAUAUUUCAACUAUCGCACAACCAGGUUCCUUGCAGAAGAAGGAUUUUACAAGUUUCACAAUUGGUUUGAUGACAGAGCUUGGUAUCCUCUGGGCAGAAUUAUUGGUGGCACUAUAUACCCUGGUCUGAUGGUGACAUCAGCUGUUCUGUACCAUGUUAUGUGGAUGAUCAAUAUCACCAUAGACAUCCGCAACGUUUGUGUCUUCCUUGCUCCAUUCUUCUCCAGUCUGACUACCAUAAUCACCUUCUUGCUUACUAAGGAAGUCAAGGAUACAGGGGCUGGACUGGUUGCUGCGGCUACCAUUGCUAUUGUACCUGGAUACAUCUCUAGAUCUGUGGCUGGCUCCUACGACAAUGAAGCCAUUGCCAUAUUCUGUAUGCUCCUAACUUACUACAUGUGGAUCAAAGCAGUCAAGACUGGCAGUAUUCUAUGGGCCACCUGUACCGCGCUUGCCUACUUCUACAUGGUAUCUUCUUGGGGAGGUUAUGUGUUCCUAAUCAACUUGAUCCCUAUCCACGUGUUAGUGUUGAUGGCCACAGGCAGGUUCUCUCACCGUAUCUACGUAGCCUACAGCACACUCUACUGUGUAGGCACGAUACUAUCUAUGCAAAUAUCCUUCGUGGGCUUUCAGCCAGUGCAGAGCUCUGAGCACAUGGUGGCACUGGGAGUGUUUGGCCUGUGUCAACUUCAUUGUUUUGUAGACUACCUUCGUAGCAAGAUGUCGCCCGAGGACUUCCAAGUACUGUUCAAGGCAGUUGUCAUGGCUUCGGUUGGUCUGACCACUGUUGUCGGCGGAGUACUUACUGUUACAGGCAAGAUUGCCCCAUGGACUGGCAGGUUCUACACUCUACUGGACCCAUCCUACGCCAAGAACCACAUCCCCAUCAUUGCCUCUGUGUCGGAACAUCAGCCUACGUCCUGGUCCAGCUUCUACUUUGAUUUACAGAUCCUCGUCUUCCUGUUCCCGGCUGGGUUGUAUUUCUGCUUCUCUAAACUGACUGAUGCCAACAUCUUCCUCAUCCUGUAUGGUGUUACCAGUAUCUACUUUGCUGGAGUGAUGGUGCGUCUGAUGCUUGUCUUGGCUCCAGUCAUGUGUAUACUGUCCGGAGUGGCGGUCAGCUCCAUGUUGACCAUCUACAUGAAGCAGGUCGACCCUGCCAAGACCGUCGACAAGAAGACCAAGAAACUAGAGUCCAACUUCGUUAUGAAGAGCGAGAUAGCCACAGUGUUUGUUGGCCUGAUGACAUUCCUGUUGAUCUCAUACACAUUCCACUGUACUUGGGUGACAUCUGAGGCCUACAGCUCUCCCUCCAUUGUUCUGUCUGCUCGCACUCACGACGGCUCACAGAUCAUCUUUGACGACUUCCGAGAGGCCUACUACUGGCUGCGUAUGAACACCCCUGAGGAUGCUCGAGUGAUGUCAUGGUGGGAUUACGGCUACCAGAUAACUGCCAUGGCCAACCGCACCAUCCUGGUAGACAACAACACAUGGAACAACACGCACAUCUCCCGUGUGGGCCAGGCCAUGGCUAGCCCAGAGGACAAGGCCUAUGAGAUAAUGAGAGAGCUUGAUGUUGACUAUGUGCUUGUCAUAUUUGGUGGGGUUGUCGGAUACUCAUCAGAUGACAUCAAUAAGUUCCUUUGGAUGGUGCGUAUCGGAGGGUCGACACCGCGAGGAGCUCACAUCAAGGAGAGUGACUAUUACUCUCCGUCGGGUGAGUUCCGGGUGGACAAGGAGGGUUCACCCACUCUACUCAACUGUCUCAUGUACAAGAUGUGCUACUACCGCUUUGGACAAGUCUACUCUGAGGCUGGCAAGCCGCCAGGGUAUGACAGAGUGAGAGGAGCGGAGAUUGGCAACAAAGACUUUGAACUGGACGUGUUGGAGGAAGCGUACACUACGGAACAUUGGCUGGUGCGGAUAUACAAGGUGAAGGGGCUGCGAAACAGAGGCAACUGAUCUGGGACUGGGUACCUCUCGUAACUUGCGCUCUCACAGUGAUUUCCUUACAUUACUGUCAAGAAACAUUCAGUAACACUUGACAAAUUAUGUAACUGUUUAAACUAAAAAGUUGCUAUUAAAUUAGAUUUAAAAUUAUAUACUUUAGGACCCUACGUUAGGUUUCACUUGAACUUUACUAUUUUUUCAGGAAAAUCAUUAGGAAAUAUCACAAUUGGUAUUCAAAAGUAACCAGUUUUGGCGAAGGUAUUUCUACAAAAUUAUUUAGUUUCAUUAAUUGAAAAGUACAAAAAUUUGGUAUUUUAUGCCUUAACAUCUUCUGCAUUAUAGCUAUUUUAAUCAAUGAAAAUAGACAUAGACAUUUGAACUCAAUCUUGGUGAUAAAACUUGAUAGAUUACAGUGUUUUCAAUGAUUCAGCACAACCUUUUUUCUAAUAAAACAUUUACAAGGAAAAUAAAAUGUAAAAAAAAAUGCUGCAACAUUUUAAAGUUAGUUUUUGUUUUAACGUUUGUAAGGAAAUCACUGACAACUGGGAAAGGGUCUUUUUUGCAGACCUUUUGAUUUCAUAAACUAACUAGCCUAUCGAAAAAAAUAAUUAAAAAAGAAACUAAAAAGGCAUCUGUUUGUUCUGGUUAUAGAUUUUCUAUUCUAUUUGUAAAAUUUCAAAUGUAUGUUUAUUAUAUUCUGUUAGUGUGAAUAGUUGUUUCAUCUUUUGUGUUUGGGCAUAAAAGAGAUUAUAUGUAACUUAUUUCUUGUAAAGUAAAAUGGUUAUAAAUUCCUUUUUCAAUUGGUUUGUUCAGCAACCCAUUGUAGUUUUAUAACUUUUUGCACUGUAUUAAUAUUUUUUUCUGAAAAAACUUAAUUUUUUAGUAUUUUUUAUAGCAGUUAAAUGGUAUGGAUCUUCAGUGUGAUUAAAACUGCCAUAUUUUUACCUAAUGUUAUAAUGUAUUUUGAGUAUUUUCAAGUUAACAUCACAAUGUCAUGAGUUGUGUUGUGUAAUAAAUAUCUUCUACUGUACUCUGACAUAGUAAGACGAUUAAUUAAAAAAAAAUGUCUACCCUAUAAGUGUAUUGUUUUGAGUAUUGAAAUGAGUAGUAAAUUGUAUUAAUAAAAAUAUGUAAAAAAUAAUUUGUAAUUUUUUGCUUGAUCGUCAAAUAAGUUAUGUGGGUAAAGAUGGACGUUAGAACUAUUAUGAAAAAUAACUUUUUACAUUAAACUCACAGAGUUUUUCACUAACUUUGAAGUCAAUUGAAUAUAUUUUUAUAAGAAUCACUAGAGGAUAAACUAAAUGUCUUUAAAAAUUAGUACCAGAGUCAGAAAGAAAGUGACCUUUGUAAAAUUUCAAGUUGAGCUUUAAAUAAGUGUUGAAAUUGUUGUUGGGUUGGAGAUCUAAGGUCUAAAAUAGUGAACCUCUGAAGUGAUGCAUGAUAUGUAGUUGCAUGUCAACAAAACCAGUGCUGCAAUAGUAGUUCAAGCUUUGAAGACUGAUAACAUUUUCAAUUAUCCAUAAACUAAAUUUAACUUAACGAAUUAAAUAAAAAUAACUUUUACCUAGUAAUUUUACAACGUUAUUGAUAUGUCAUGUAAAAAACAGCAAAUGCAUUUAUACUUUAUAGUCACAGUCACUAUGUAAAUAAUAGUCAUGUAAGUUAAUAAAAUGUUUAGUAAAUAUA